CUAGCUCACCAGAUGACCAGCAUAGUUGGCUGAAUCCUCAGGACUUAGCCUCUGGCUUGUGUUUGCACCUCUCCACAGAUUCGGGGUCUCUUGGUAUCUGAAGGUGUGAGUCAAUUUUCGACUGCUGACUUUGGAGGAAUUUAGAAGAAAACACAGUCUUUGCUCUGGCAGCCUUGCAGAACUGUGAGAAGUCAGGACAGACAGACACAGGAUCACAGCAAGUAUGGCUUCAUCAGUCCUGGAGAUACUAAAGGAGGAGAUAACCUGUCCGAUCUGUCUGGAGCUCCUGAAGGAACCCAUGAGUGCAGAUUGCAACCACAGCUUCUGCCAAGCUUGCAUCGCACUCAACUAUGAAUCCAACAGAAACACAGAAGGGGAGGCCAACUGCCCUGUGUGCCGAAUUCCUUACUCCUUUGGGAAUCUGAGGCAUAAUCGACAUGUGGGCAACAUAGUAGAGAGGCUCAAGGAGUUCAAGUUCAGUCCAGAGGAAAAGCAAAAGGGGAAUGUCUGUGCACAACAUGAAGAGAAACUCCAGCUCUUCUGUAGGAAGGACAUGAUGGCCAUCUGCUGGCUUUGUGAGCGAUCUCAAGAGCACCAUGGUCACCAAACAGCUCUCAUUGAAGAGGCUGGCCAAGAAUACAAGGAGAAGCUGCAGGCAGCUCUGCAGAAGCUGAUGGAAAAUGAGAAAAAGUGUGAUGAAUGGCAGGAUGACCUUCAACAGCAGAGAACUGACUGGGAGAACCAAAUACAAAGCGAUGUAGAAAAUGUUCAGAUCGAGUUUAAAGGAUUAAGAGAAAUCGUGAACUCAAAGGAGACUGAGGAGCUGCAGAAGCUGAAGAAAGAGAAGGGAGAUGUAAUGAAAAAGCUGGACAAGUCUGAAAAAGAGCUAGGGGAGCAGAGGGAGUUGGUGAGAGCCCUCAUCUCAGAUGUGGAACAUCAGUUGGAGCUCUCAACCAUGGAAAUGCUUCAGAAUGUUAAUUACCAGGAAGUUAUUGGGAACCUUAAACUUGACUCGACCCCCAUUAAAAAUGGUGUAACUUCUGUCCUGACAAGGAGUCAGACCUUGAUACUGACACAGCCACAAACUGUCCCCCCAAAAAGAAGAAGAAACUUCCAAGCUCCAGAUUUGAAAGGCUUGCUGCAAGCAAAUCAAGGGCUCAUGGAUGUCCAACGAUACUGGGUUCAUAUCACUCUAUAUGAAAAAAAACAUUCAGCCAUUACCAUUAACAAAGGAAAGGGAAAAAUAAGAUUUGGAAGUUGCAAUACGUGGUAUAUUGAAGUCCCCGAGACCUACCAUUUGGGUGUCCUGGGAUAUCCAGCUAUCUCCUCAGGGAAGCAUUACUGGGAAGUAGACGUGUCUAGAAGUGAUGCCUGGCUCCUCGGAUUAAAUGAUGGAAAACGUGCUCAACCUCAACUUCAUUCAAAGGAUGAAAUGGGCUUCAAAACAAAACAUCAUUCUAAUGUUAAACAAAAUGUAAUGUAUCAGCCUAAAUGUGGCUACUGGGUUAUAGGGACGAAGAAUGGGUCUGUAUACAAUGCCUUUGAUGAGUGUUCUAUCACCCACAACCCCAGUGUCCUGGCCCUCUCUCUGCCUAGUCCUCCCAGUCGUGUUGGAGUUUUCCUGGACCGGGAAGCUUGCACUCUCUCAUUUUAUGAUGUUUCUAACUAUGGAGCUCUCAUCUAUAGGUUCUAUGACCCUGCCUUCCCUGGUAAAGUCUACCCAUAUUUUAAUCCUAUGUAUUGUCCAGAGCCAAUGAUAGUAUGCAGGCCACCCUCUUAAACCCUCACCUAUACAGUGCAGUGCCCCCAUGUCUGGUGUAUCUCAUGUGCCAGAGCUCCCCUGCAUCAUUCUAACUUUUUUAUCUUGGGCCCUUUAUUUUUAUGACCUUCAUUUCUAACUAUAAACAGGUGUGGACUCAUUACCUUGAUCCAGUUGCUUCUCUAUUCACAAGAUGAUUAAGGUCAUUCACCCUUUCCCAUAUUCCCAAAGAAAAUGGCUGCUUCUUCACUAAGUGAGAGAAAUGGUAACUCUGCUAACACCAUCUCUGUAGGAACACAGUCAAAAGAAUGACUCACAGCAAACAACAUCCUAGGGACCUGUAAGAGAGGUCCCAGAAAAAAAGAAAGAGGGCCUUUUGCCUCAAGGACAUUUUGUUCUUGGAAGUGAUUUGCUUUGGAAGUGAUUUUGUGCCUCCUGCAAAAAGAACAUGUAUUCAAUUUAUAAGAUAUGUUUAUUCUUGUUGGAUGUCAAAACAUAGCUAUAGAACCUAUUGCUGUGCAAGGAUAUAUUCAGUACCAGCCUCAAUGGACACUGGUUCUGAAUAUGGGCUUGUGCCUUAAUUUUGUGCUUUCUAAGAUAUAAUCUAUAGUAUAAUGCCAGACAAUUGUGUUUAUAUGGUCUGACCUGAGACAAUUGUAGUCAAGGUUUGUUAAUAUUUAGUAUGUUCUUACUGGUAUUUAUUUGCAUGUUUUUCUGAUUUGGUUUUUCUGAACUCCAACAACUUUCCUGCUUGCUUUUGUACAUUCACGUAAAAGCACACUGAAGCUGAAGUAAAUUUGUCUGCAGUGUUAGGCUGUAGUCCCCCCAUUCUUUAAGGUUUUCAAACCCCAGGUCUUACAGACAGAACUACCUAGGUCCACAACAGUAGACACCCCUUCUUUUUUGUGGUGCCAGAGAUAAAAGCCAGGGCUUCCUGUGUGCUUAUGAGUUGCUCUACCACUGAGUGACUUGUCUCAGCUCUGUCAGGUCUCCACAAACUUACUCGUUCUCUAGCUGAUAAAAGAAAGUUCUUCUCCAGAAUGUCUACCAGUUUUGAAAUUUAUAUGUAGGAAUCUCUCACUAAGGAAUGGGCCUUAGCAGGAGGGCAGUUUAACCACAAUGCUUGUGUUUCAUCAAAUAUUUAAGAAGGAAACAUCUCAAAUAAUAUCCACUAAGAACAUGUGUUGAACCAGUGCCUUACCAAUGUGGUUGUCCUUUUCCACUGAAGAGGGAAAGUUGUUUCGGUUUUUUUUUUUUGUUUCUGUUUUUGUUUUGUAGAAAUGGCAGUUCACUGCUGUUGCUCUUCCACUGCCUUCCACAUUGCAACAGCUACUUGACUUGUCUUGUGAUCCCAGAAUUCCCUAAAGGACCACACCGAGCCUGUGACAGUACUGUCAGUGCUUGGCUUCUCAGAUGUGAGGAUGCCUUUGUGUCACCUGGAGGUUAACAAAAUGAGACUCUGGGUGUACAGGAAGUUUGCCUGUGAAGUGGGAUCCACAGCAUGUUCUACAGGUGGGAGAACCAUGCAUGUGUGGAGGAACACUGCCUGGGACCUAUGCGUUUUUGCCUCCAGAAACUACAAAGUUCCCUAGGUUUUUAAAUCAUGUAAAUGUUUACUUAUCCUGAGUAUAAAGAGAAUAGGGAGAGUAUUUUAAAUUUUUGUUGUGAUUCUUUCAUUUUUUUUUCUUUAAGGGUAUUGGUUUGUUUCACUUAUCUGAGUUAGCCUCCGUGUUGAAUCUGUUGCCAUUUCAGUAGUAAAACAGCCAAAAGUUUCUAGCAAAGAGCAGGUUUGACCCUUAGGAGUUACUGUAUAUAACGGCUUCAUUCAAGAGCCUCAGGGUACCCUGUGAGAUGUGCAGAAAUGUCCCAAGCACUCUCCAGAUGUGCUGGGCCUCUGUUGUUGUUGGUGUACAGACCCUUACCAAAAGCUACUGGUUUGUUCUUGUAAUUGUUUCCUUGCUUCUCCAUUGUACAUGUGGGGUAUAUGCCAUGUGUCAAAUAUACAAUAAUGUGUUUACCGGAUGCCCUUCUGGAGGGUGGACUUCUGUAAAGCUGUACAGUCUUUGCAGUUCAAGCACAAUGUGCACAUGUUAGUUUUAUAUACAGCAAAAACUUGAUUUUUUCAAAUGGAAAGGUAUUUUGUUUCUAUACAAAGUUAAAUGCGUUGUUUGUGCGUAAUGUAAAGCUGCUUUAUAAAAUUUUUAAAUAAAUUUUUUAAUCUCAGAAAAAAAAAGGACAUGUGUUGAGAGUAUACAGGUUCUAAUCCUGCCUCUCCACAUAGCAGUACAACCUUGAAUAACAUCCUCUAAAGGCUACGUAUGUUUGCUUGUUUGGUUUUAUUUUUCAUUUCAUGUUUUGAUUUUGUUUUUGAGUUUUGGUAAAAUAGUGCACCCAUAUUGCAGGUCAUUGUAGGAAAAUAAAUUUGAAAUCUUUAGAAGACUCUGAGAGUAAAAACCCUUUCCUCAAUGAGUGAUGAGCUGUGUUCAUUUUCUCAGACUCUCUUGGCUGAAGAAGGCAGCCAGCUCCAACAAAUGAAUCUCUUAUUCCACAAAUAUGCUACAGAACACCUAGGCUGAAACACAUACACAAAUGAAAAAGGAUUAUGUAAUUUUUAGUAAGAGAAGUUCAAUAUUUAUAAUGAUUCCAGUGCACAUUCAGUAGGUGGUGGUUGUGCUAAUUACUGGGUAGAUGUUCUAUGUGACACUGUGUGACUGGGGAAACUAAGGUGUAGCUCUUUUCAUGUCUGGAUGUUAGGUCCUGGAAGCUGCCACCAAGACUACUCUAAUAUGUUGUAGAUAUCUAUGAUUUUUUUUAUUUUUACACUUAUUUUUGAAAGGAUAUUUGUUUAGCUGUAUUCGUUAUCAAGAACUUAAAGUCUAUGGUUUUCCAUUUUACAAUGAAUGAUAAUGAUGACAAUGAUACUCAUAACUGUAUCUUCUGAUGUGUUGUGAAAUGUAAACAAUAGAAUGUUUCUAGGAACUCACUGCUUCUAGCAGUUAAAAGGUAUCUGAUAUGGUAUCUGUUAGGUUUUUUCUCCCUGUUGAUGAGACCAUAAUAAAGUAUCAUUGGGAUGACAAA